AUGGCAGUGAUGAAGUUCAAUGCAAACUGCAGAUGUGCAAAAAUAACGAGUAUCAGUGUAAAAAUAUUAAUUGUGUUCCAACUAAUGCUGUUUGCGGUGGACAAUCUGACUGUCUGGAUGACUCAGAUGACGGUGGUUCAAAAUGAGCAUGACUCUGAUGAUUCAGAAGAUAAUGAACCUAGGGAGCGAACAUCCAGCGAUGUAGAAAAUGGUAGCAAUAAUCGUAAUGCUAGUGACUCUGAAAAUGAAGAUGCUCAACAUCACAUUGCCAGUGAUUCGGAUGAUGAGCCAAUCGGACAAAAAGACACAAAUGAAAUUGAGGUACGCUUUAAGAUGCUCUCCUGGCUUAUAAGUAGCAAAAGAACAAGGUCAGAAUCAGAGGACUCGCUGGCUGACCCCACACCAAACCAGAAUAUCGCUGCAGGUCAGAGUCAGACACAAGCUAAUGAAAGCAGCACUUGUGCCGCGGUCGAUCAGGUUCUCACAAGUGACGUAGAGGACGAGAGUGACAUCACUUCUACCGAUGACAACAGCCGCAUUGCCGAGCAUGAGUGGCCAGAAUGUUGGUCCCAAGCACAAGUACAGUAUUUCUCCACAAAUUACAAGUGGCUGCUAAGCAAAAAUCGAAAGUUGGGCUGUAGUGUGUGUAGUCAAGUUUGUGCUUGUGUAGACAUGCAGCAAGGGCAGAGAGUGUCGCAGGAGUGGAGUGGGUGCUUAAUCUCGUCUUAUGGAAGGGACAAGGCUGCACAACAAAGCUCACUACGAAAGAAAAUUAAAGAGCACAGAGACUCAAUUUAUCACAAGAAAGCAGUUGAAAUAAAAGAGAAGGCAACACAAAAUACAAUGCAAAAACACAUUGAAGAUAUGAUAAAGGCUGAAUACGCCUCAACUUGCAAUGUGUUUAGAACAGCUUAUAAGAUUGGCAAGCAUGGGCGUCCCUUUACAGACAUGCCAAUAGAUGUCCAGUUGCAAGUCUUAAAUGGUGUCAAGAUGGGCAGAGUUUUACACUCUAAUAACUCGUGUGCAAAUAUACUGGAUCACAUUGCAGCUGAAAUGAAAAAGAAGGUAGUCAAUGACAUAGUGAUGAAUGAAAGAAAACUGUGUGUGCUCAUUGAUGAAUCCACUACAAUAAGUGGAAAGUCUGUCCUUGUCGUGUGCCUGCGGUCAGCUAUUUCCAAUGAACAGCCAGACACAGUAUUUUUUGAACUCAUUGAGCUGCAGGGGACCACAGCAAAUGACAUCACUGAAGCACUGUUAGAAUGUCUUCAUAAUAAUGGCUUUGACCCUCACUACCUACAGGAACAUUUGUUGGCAUUUGCUUGUGAUGGAGCCUCAGUGAUGCUUGGGAGGAAAGCAGGAGUUGCUGCGCAGCUUUGUUCCAAAUUCCCUUACCUGUUUGUCUGGCAUUGUUCCAAUCACAGACUGGAACUGGCAGUUUGUGAUGUUUUGAAGGAGGUUGGAGGAAUCAACCACUUUAAAAUAUUUUUAGAUCAGCUUUACUCCCUCUACCAUGCAUCCCCAAAAAACCAAAGGGAGUUAACAGAGAGUGCUCACAGUGUUGGACAGCGUCUCCUUGUGAUAGGCCGUGUUUUAUCAGUGCGUUGGGUUGCUUCAAGUGAGAGAACGGUGAAAGCAGUAUGGGAGAACUACCCAGCUUUGCAGGUACACUUUACACAUGCUGCUGCUGAUACCAGCAGGGACUCAAGAGAGAGAGCAAAAUACAAAGGACUCAAUGAUGUUCUCACUACUGUUUCUUUUGUGGUCAAUCUUGGCAUCAUGUAUGACGCUCUCACAGAACUCAGUGACCUCUCAAGAAUGCUCCAGAGACGUGACAUGACUUUGGAUCAAGCCGACAGGCAGCUGGACCGACAGAUCCGGGUGUUUGAGUCAAUGGUAUCCACACCUGGUCCCUACACACAAAUUGCCAUUGAGACUGAAAAUAAGAAAAUCUUCAGAAAUGUAUGCCUGCAUGAAAAUGAGAGGGUUAUAAAAAUCAACCCUGGAACCUCAUCUGAAAAGACAGACAGUCACCUCCUCUCAGACAUCAAGGUCCUCCAGUCUGACUCCUGGCCUGCAUCUCUUGAGAUUCAAUAUGGUGAUGCAGCAGUCAGACGUUUAUGUCAGAGAUUCAGAGUUGGGGAGAGGAAAAGUGUCCAAGGAUUUAGGGAGUAUAAAGACCUUAAAGCUUCCAAGACACCAGAAGACCUGAAGCCUCUUCUUAAAGCUGUCCACACCAUUGCAGUAUCAACAAGUGAAUGCGAGCGAGCUUUCAGCUCAAUGAAUGAUACUUUGACAGAUAAAAGAAACUCUCUCGACAUCAAAAGGCUUUCAAAUCUGAUCUUCCUGAAAUGCAACGGACCACCCUUGGAUCAGUUUAAUGCACAAACAUAUGUGCAGACAUGGCUGGCAAAAGGGAGGAGAAGUGCAGCCUUCAAAAACUGCGAAGCCAAAAGUGCAAGGAAAGUGGAGCCCAAAACGUGCUGGAGCCUUUUCUAG